GCUGACACAAGAGUAAUUAAUCAACGGAGGUUACAUCAAAUUCAUCCUUCCGCAAACCACUUUGUUUAUCUUCCCUUUUCAUCCAAUUGAAGGUUAUUUUACAGAAGAAACUUUGGAUGCAGGCAUAAUGCAAGAAAUUACUAAAACUACGGGCCCUAUACCCGGAAUUUUAGAGUCCACAACAUUUACUCCAAAAUACAAGAAAUCCCACUUAGCAAGCGCGGUUGAGGCAUUAGCCGUCUUUCUUCACAGUGUUAGUUUGACGCUUACUGCGUCUUGGUUUACAAUUUUAUGGGUGUUCUUACCGAUAUGGCCUAUCCUUUUGGUAUAUCUGGCAUGGUUAUUUUACGAUGAUGCUUUCGUGACAGCUAAAGAUCGUCAAAGUCCAUGGCUGAAAAGAGCUGCUCCGUAUCACUGGUUUUGUCAUUAUUUCCCUAUUCGUCUUCACAAGACUGCAAACCUUGACCCACAAAAGAACUACAUUUUUGGCUAUCAUCCUCAUGGAAUUUUAUCCCUUGGGGCCUUUGGUGGGUUUGCGACGGAAGGUGCCGAAUUCAGCAAAUUGUUUCCUGGUAUAAACGCUUCUGUCUUGACUUUGAAUUCCAAUUUUUAUGUUCCUGUAUACCGGGACUAUUUGCUUGCUUUAAACGUUAAUUCUGUUUCUAAGAAAUCUUGUGUCAAUAUUCUAUCCAGGGGACCUGGCGAAAGUGUUGUUAUCGUUAUUGGUGGUGCACAGGAAUCGCUAUUGUCACGUCCCGGACAAAAUAAUUUGGUGUUAAAGAAAAGAUUGGGAUUCGUCAAGUUGGCGUACUUGACUGGUUCAAGUUUAGUUCCUUGCUUUGCCUUUGGCGAAUCGGAUAUUUUUGAACAGGUGAACAACAAUCCUGGAACUCGCAUUUACAAGUUUCAAGAAAUUGUAAAAAAAUUAGCAGGAUUUACUAUCCCUUUUUUCUAUGGACGAGGAAUAUUAAACAAAUCAUUUGGCUUGAUGCCUUGGAGGAAGCCAAUUAACAUAGUCGUUGGAGAACCCUUGGAUUUGCCUAAAAAAUCAAAUCCCACAAGCCAGGAGCUUUAUGAGACUCAGGAAGAAUACAUUCGUCGACUUGAUGGACUUUGGAACAAGUAUAAAGAUGUUUUUGUCCCAGAAAGAGUAAAAGAGUUACAUUUGGCUGCUUAAACUUCACCUUUUGUAACGUUUUUCUUCGUCAUUUCAAGCUCUUCCUCACUUAUUCACGUAUUUAUAGUCUGCCCUUCUUUUCAGUUUUGUUAUUCUCGUUUAAUUCGCCUUUCCAUAUAUUCCAUUAAGAUCUUGGCUAUACUUAUUAUUUCAGUUUAAUAUAUACUAUGUAUUUAAUACUUCAUUUCGUCGCUAGAGAUAAGGUCUAUUGUUUACGCU